AUCCAAACUUUCACAUAUCUAGACCACAAACAUCAAAGUCGAGCAAGCAGUAGUAACCACCGAUCCAACAUGAAGACCUUUCUCAUCUUUGUCCUCGUUGCCAUGGCGAUGAACAUCGCCACUACUGCUAGGCAGCUAAACCCUAGCAACAAAGAGUUGCAAUCACCACAACAAUCAUUUUCCCAUCAACAACAACCAUUUCUGAAACAACAAUCAUAUCCACAACAACCAUUUCCCACACCCCAACAACAAUUCCCGCCGCAACCACAACAACCAUUUCCCCAACCCCAACAACCAAUUCCCCUGCAACCACAACAACCAUUCCCUCAGCAACCCCAACAACCACAACAACCUUUUCCUCAACCCCAACAACCAUUUCCACAGCCCCACCAACCAUUUCCCUCGCAACCACAACAACCAUUUCCCCAAACCGAAGAAGCAUUCCCUCUACAGCCACAACAACCAUUCCUCCAGCAACCAGAACAAAUAAUUCUCCAGCAACCCCAACAACCAUUCCCUCUUCAACCAGAACAAAUAAUUCCCCAACAACCCCGACAACCAUUCCCCCUGCAACCGCAACAACCACUCCCCCAGCAACCCCAACAACAAUUCCCCCAACAACCCCAACAACCAUUACCCCAGCAACUAGAACAAAUAAUUCCACUGCAACCACAACAACCGUUCCCGCAGCAACCACAACAACCAUUUUUCCAGCCUCGACAACCAUCCCCCGAGCAACUAGAACAAAUAAUUACCCUGCAACCGCAACAACCAUUCUUCCAGCCCCAACAACUAACCCCCCUACAACCACAACAACCAUUCCCCCAACAACCCCAACAACCUUUUCCCCAGCCACAACAACCAUUCCCCUGGCAACUAGAACAAUCAUUCCCAUGGGAACCACAACAACCAUUUUCUCAACCCCAACAACCAGUUCCCCAGGAACCGCAACAACCAUUCCCUCUACAGCCGCAACAACCAUUCCCCCAACAACCACAACAAUCAUUUCUCCAGCCUCAACAACCAAUUCCCCAGCAACCCCAACAACCAUUCCCUCUACAGUCACAACAACCAUUCCCCCAGCAACCACAACAACCAUUUCCCCAGCCUCAACAACCAUCCCCCCAACAACCACAACAACCAUUCCCCCUACAACCGCAACAACCAUUCCCCCAUCAAACCCAACAAUCAUUUCUCCAGCCCCAACCCCAACAACCAUCCACCCUGCAACCGCAACAACCAUUACCCCAACAACCACAACAACCAUUUCUCCAGCCCCAACGACCAUUAACCCAUCAACCAGAACAAAUAAUUUUCCAGGAAACCCAACAAACUUUCCCCCAACAACCACACCAACCUCAGCAACCCUAUCCACAACAACAACCAUCCGGGAGUAGUGUUACAAGCAUCGGUGGCCAAUGAAAUGAAGACCUGUAAAACAAAAGACGGGCGGAUCAUCGUUGUUUAGUCAAUGAGCGUUCAAUGUACCGAUGAUAAAUAAAGUGAUGUGCACCAUCAUGUGUAACCCCGACCUAUACUAGUUCAAACAUGGGAAUAAAAGAUAAAUACAGUUCUUGUCACAAGGACAUUGCUGAUAA